AUGGAGACGACUGCUAAUAUUGAUGAACCGAACGUUAAUAUGUUCAACAACGUUCUCAAAGAUGUAGAUAUGGAUAAUAGUGAUGAUAUUGCAUUGGAAGUUGCAACAGAGUAUACAUUAGACAUUCCUCGAAUUUCCAGUGUAGAAUUGCCUCUUAAAUUAUCACAUAAUCCAGCAAGCAUGGUUAAAGCAAUUAGAAUGUGUGGCGGUUUAGAUAAAAUAAAAGAAGUCUUAAGUGAGAAUAGUGAUUCUGAAAAGGUAUUAGAAUUAUAUUUGAAUGAAGGACAGGAUAAUGAUGGAUCAGAAAAGUUUUUCAACGAACAUGGGAUUCAAGGUAAGAAGGUUCGUUUUAGAGAUGAAUCAGUCAUUUUGAAGAUAACGAUGCCAAAGGGAACGUUGGCAGAGCAUAAUGGUAAUAUCCCCGAAGCUCUGUCAUCAUUAGAUCACGAUUCUUUUUCCGUAGUUCCGGUAGCAAUUGUUAAUAAUACAAUUAAAUACAGAGAAAUGUCAGAUUUUCAAAUUAGACUAGAUAACAAUCCUUCUGCAAACGAAUUCAAGAACUCCUUUGGUUCGUUGGAUUGGGGAAACUUUCAAAAAUUUGUUAGAUCCGUUCCUGAUAAUGACGUAAGACCCUAUGAGAAUAUUAAUAAUAUUGUAUUGGAUCGUAGUGCUUCCUAUCCAAACACAGACUUCCAGUUACCGCCACCACCAAGGUUGUCUAUGGUAGGCCUUCCAUUCUUAUAUAAAUAUAAAGGAAAUCCUUUUGCGGUCAAAAAAUCAGAUGGCGCAGCUGAGGUAAAAGGUUCCUAUAUUAAGAAUUAUCAAAUAUUCAUUCACGGAAUUGGUGAAGAUGUUUCAAUUCCGGUGCAAGCUGAAGAACAACUAUUAAAAGAUUUCGAACAGGCCAAAACUACUGGGGUGUAUCCUGGCACCAAAAAAGAAUCUAAGUUUUUUGAGUCUUUAGAGCAAUGUAUUGAAAUUGUUACUAAAUUGUUUGAAGAGAGACCUAUAUGGGUUAAAAGACAUAUUGAUGGUAUAGUACCGAAAAGCAUUCAUCAUACCUUAAAAAUUGCUCUAGCUUUAAUGUCCUACAGAUUUACUAUGGGUCCAUGGAGGAAUACGUAUAUUAAGUUUGGUAUUGAUCCGAGAACUUCAUCAGAAUAUGCAAAAUAUCAAACAGAAUAUUUUAAAAUUGAAAGAAGACUAUUAAAGUCACCUAAUGUGUCCAAGAAUAUACCUAACCCUCCAAGUAUAGUGUUUGAAUCGAAUGUUAAAAAUGGUAUUGAUACCAGGUUUAUAUUUGACGGCAAGAGUAUUCCUUGGUAUUUGAUGUUACAAAUUGAUUUAUUAAUUACUGAACCUAAUAUCGCAGAAAUAUUUGAGAAAAUUGAGUAUCUAGACAAAGCAAAUGAAGGCACUGGUUGGUUUUCAGAAUUAGAUUUAACAAAAAUAAGAAGAAUUGUAAAAUAUGAGUUAUGUUGUAUGGCUCAAGGCAAUUUUAGUUUCAAUAAAUAUAAACUAAAAUAUUUUAAAUCAAUGAUUUAUACUAAAGAAUCUAUGAUUGAAAAUAAAGAGAAGGAAGAAAAAGAUAAUGACGGUGAUUAUAAUAUGGAUAGUGAUGUGAAGUCUAAGGAUAGUGAUGCCGAUAAUGAUAAUGAUAUCACAGUAGGGGAUGCCGAUAAAGCAGCUUUAGAAGCAGAGGAAGACGAGACCGAGCCAAUUGUAAAUAUUGCACCUCUUGAGUCCAGUGGUAGCUCUUCGGAGGGAUUUAAAAAUGAUCUAGAUAUGCAGGGUGAAAUCGAUUUGAAUGCUGCAUCAUUUCAAGAUAUUCUAUCCAGGAUAAGAAAAAUAGAUUCUUCCGCAGCCAAUAGAUUAGAGAAAGAAUUAAAUGGAUUCAUACAGGAAUCUCAUCUUUGA